AUGCCGCUGGGGGGAAGGAUCAAAUCCAAUCGGGACAGAGACACCAAGAUCUUCUACAGCAUCACAGGGCAGGGGGCGGACGCCCCCCCCGAGGGCAUCUUCACCAUUGAGAAGGAGUCGGGUUGGAUGAAGGUGACACAGCCGCUGGACCGAGAGCACAUCGACAAAUACCACCUCUUCUCCCAUGCCGUGUCUGAGAACGGCAAACCAGUGGAGGAACCGAUGGAGAUCAUAGUCACGGUGACGGACCAGAAUGACAACAAGCCCCAGUUCACGCAGGAGAUCUUCAGGGGCUCCGUGCCCGAGGGAGCUUUGCCAGGCACCUCCGUGAUGCAGGUGACCGCCACGGAUGCAGAUGAUGCAGUGGAGUCCUACAACGGUGUCAUCGCCUACUCCAUCCUCAGCCAGGAGCCGCGGGAGCCCCAUCCCCACAUGUUCACCGUCAACAGGGCCACCGGCACCCUUGGUGUCAUCGCCAGUGGCCUCGACCGGGAGCGCGUGCGGGAGUACACGCUGACUGUGCAGGCAGCUGACCUGGACGGUGAGGGACUCACCACGACGGCGCUGGCGGUGAUCGAGAUCGCAGACGUCAAUGACAACGCCCCUGAGUUCGACCCCAAAACGUACGAGGCGUCCGUGCCGGAGAACGAAGCUGGGCGGGAGGUGGCCCGUCUGGCCACCACAGACCUGGAUGAGCCAAGCACGCCGGCAUGGCGAGCUGUCUACUCCAUCCUGCGCGGCAACGAGGGAGGUGCUUUCACCAUCGCCACUGACCCCACCAGCAAUGAGGGUGUCCUCCGCACCGCCAAGGGUCUGGACUAUGAGGCCAAGAAGCAGUUUGUGCUCCACGUGGCUGUGGCCAACGAGGCCCCCUUCGCUGUGAAGCUGCCGACGGCCACCGCCCCUGUCACAGUCAACGUGGAGGACGUCAAUGAGGCGCCCAUCUUCGACCCGCCGGUGCAGCUUGCCCGGGUGCUGGAGGACGUGCCGCCGGGGCAGACCCUCGCCUCCUGCACAGCCCAGGACCCAGACAAGGCCCAGGGGCAGAAGAUCAAGUACCUGGUGGGGCACGACCCGGCGGGCUGGCUGGCCGUGCACCCUGAGAACGGCCUCGUGAUGGCACGGGACCACCUGGACCGCGAGUCCCCCUUCACUAAGAACAGCACCUACACCGCCGUGCUGCUGGCCGUGGAUGACGGCUGGCCCCCCGCCCCGGGCACGGGCACCCUUCCCCGCCCCCGGUCCCUCACUGCCCCCGACAGGGACCUGCCACCCAACACCGGCCCCUUCCGUGCUGAGCUCAGCCACGGCUCGGGGGACAGCUGGGCUGUGGAGGUCAGCGAUGAAGAUGACACCGUCACCCUGCAGUUGGUGGCACCACUGGAGCCGGACCUGUACAGUGUCUACCUGCGGCUCCUCGACCAGCCGGGCAAAGCCCAGCUCACCGUCAUCACCGCGCGGGUCUGCGACUGUGAGGGGCCGGUGCAGACCUGUCCCUAUAGACCCCAACCUGCCACUGGCCUGCCCUUCGUCCUCGCUGCCCUGGGCGCCCUCCUGGCCUUGCUGCUCAUCCUGCUGCUGCUGCUGCUCUUCAUGAGGAGGAGGAAGGUGACGAAGGAGCCAUUGCUGCUGCCUGAGGAUGACACGCGGGACAAUGUCUUUUACUACGGGGAGGAGGGCGGCGGGGAGGAGGACCAGGACUACGACCUGCGGCAGCUCCCCUAA